AUGGCAUAUAAGCUAGAUUUAUUUCUCGGAAUAGUCUUCGAGAACGAAAGUAGCUCGGUAACCUUCGGCUCUUUCCUUUCCAAGCCACCACCGUCUAAAUUUUCAGAUCUGGCGCCGGUAACACCACCGCCACCACCUAAAGUAGAACGGACCGCACUGAAAAACCUGGAUAUGAAGACCCUACGCAGGACUCUGAAUACAUGGCUUUCGCUGUUUCAGUCUCCUUCCGGAGUGAAAUGCUCUAAAAAGAAUUGGUCAUGCAUUACCGCUAAAGACAAUUAUCACGCUACCAUUGCUAUCCUUGACUCUACGGACCAGCGUCAAGCAUACGAAUUUCGUCUCUUCCACAUUGCGGGGCAAUAUACCACAAAUCCGAAUUUGCCUUCGGAUAAUGUCCUCCGCCGUUGUGCCGAGUUCUUCAAUGGACAAUCCCAAUCCUCCCACGUGCAACUGAAAUGCACUCUCAGCCACUCCAACGAUUCCCUUCAAUACUCGACAUCGUCCUCAAGCUCAGAAGUAACACCGUCACGCGAUUUCGGUAACCUAUUCGAUAUCGAGUCUACGGAUCUCUCUUUCGGGCUACUCAACGCGUCAAGGAGUACCUACCCCUUCGACCUUCGGACGACCGACGCGUUUUUUGAUGGUUUGGGUGGUGAAACAGACGCGGUGAAUGCCGCUGAAAUCGUCGACCUUUUAGAUACUGCUGGAAUGUGCGUCGGCACAAAAGAGGACGUCUGGAAUAGCGACAUUGAUCUUGGCCUUAUGAGUGGUGAAUCCAGCAACAGUGACACGUCUGUUAGUACGAAUGCAAUCUCAAUCUCUGCAAACGAUCCUCCAACCGCAUCAUCACAAAGUCCUCCUUUCCACAGUUAUCCUGACGUGAUUAGCGCGGCAUUUCCUAUCUCUCCCAGUCAAGGCGACGCAUCGGACUAUCAUUCCCACGUGGACGACCUAUACCGAUCCUGGAGACUCCCAUCUUUCGGUGCAGCUCCAGACCACAAUCACUAA